AGAGGUGAACGUGGUUCGUUAAAUAGUAUUGGCAGCAUUGGCAAUAUUGGUUCUGUGUGGUUGGUUUCUCAUAUGUCAUGUGAUGGUAUGGGAAACCCAAUUUCGAUACAAAAGAUGGAAUUCGAUUUUAAUAAUGUCUGCCGUCUGUGUAUGUCAAGGGAAGAACCUCUGGUACAUAUAUUUGACGAAGAGGAAAUGCUUUCAGUUAGAAUAAUGUCUCUUGUACCAUUAGUAAAAUUCACAGCGAUUGUUACGAAGAGUUGCCUUGUGGGAUACAAUGUCGUCUAUUCCUACGAAAAUCAGUUGAUGUCUCUGAGGAACAUGUUGCCCCUAUCUUCAGGGUUGGGGAAUAUGCCAUGCAGGAAACUAGGAUGAAGCGGAGAGAAAGGACAGUUGCAGUCUCCGGUUUCUUGCUUGUAUUUUUUUGCACCAGGAGAUGGAGCUCCAUGUUGAUGACGGAUUGCCGUCUCAAGUGUGCCAAAAGUGUGAAUACCAAGUGAAUACAUCUUACAAAUUUCAACUCCAGUGUGAGGAAUCCAAUGCUACACUGCGCCAAUGCCUUGCAGCUGUACAGUCAUCUUAUCUGACAGUGGCAGGAUCAAAUACUGUGAAUGAUGAAACUACAGUAGCCUCUGACAUCUGUGAAGCUCAAGAUAGUGACCAUAAUUUUCAAGAUUCUGAUGAUGAUGCUCUUAAACUGAAUGUUACUGAAUAUAAAGAUCUUAAGCAAAAGAAAUCAGAGGAAGUGAUGUUUAACUUGAAAGGGUUCGUAUAUGGCAAGAAUUCCCACAGAACUGCCCCAGUAUCUCAACAUCAUUCGUGUGUAUCUCGAGGCAGAAUGAGAAUUGAAAAGAACAGGAAAAGAGAAUACAAAGAAGUAGAUGUACAAAUAAAUAGAAACAUGAAGAAUUCAGCAGAUGGUAUUUCCAUGCAGCUCUCACAGUCAGAAGAGAAUUCAUAUGUGUGUGACACAGAACUACUUGCAUGUCACAUGUGUGGCAAAAUGUUUCCGUGUAAAAGCAAACUUCAAGAACAUUCUACCAAGCAUACUGGUGUGAGACCAUAUGCUUGUGGCAUGUGUCACAAAAGAUAUACACGUCAGAGUAGCUUAAAUAUUCAUGUGCUAUCUCACACUGGACAUAAACCACAUAGUUGUGAAGUGUGUGGGAAGCAGUUCACACAGCUGAGUAGUUUAAAAAAUCAUUCAUUGACUCAUACAGGACAGAAACCACGAGUCUGUGAAGUCUGUGGAAGAAGAUUUGCAAGAUUAGAUAAUUUGAAGUCACAUGUAAUAAUACAUACUAGUCAAAAGUCCUACAUUUGUGAAGUAUGUGGUAAAAUGUUUAACAAAAUGGUUCUUCUGAAGACACAUGCAACAACUCAUAUGGAAAGGAAGCCCUUAUUCUGUGAUGUGUGUGGCAAGAGUUUUGUGAAUAUAUACAGAUAUAAGACUCAUGCACUAAUUCAUAGUGGAGAAAAGCCUUUUACUUGUGGAAUAUGUAAGAAGAGUUUCACAUUAAAGAAUAGUUUGAAAAUACACAUUCAGACACACACAGGACUUAAACCUCAUGAGUGCGGUGUAUGUGGGAAGAGGUUCUCUCAGUCGCACAGUCUAAAGACGCAUGCUGUCGUCCACACAGGGCAGAGACCGUUCUCAUGUCAAGUUUGUGGGAAAUGUUUUAAACAAAGACAUUCACUUAAAAAACAUGAAGGAAUUCACACAACCUGUAAUAUAAAAUAAAUAAAAGUAGUUCUCUAAUCAUUAUCA